AUGGAAUAUCUUCAGAAAUGCUUCUACAAAUCAACAAAUUGGAAUGAAGACAAUAUCUUCUCAAAUAUAACGGCAACAUCUCAAGCAUUAUUAGAAUUCCCCAUUCCCAAUGGGUUUAAGAUAGAUACAUCAUCGAAAACAACAGAACAUCUGGCUUCUUCAUUCACAUUAUCAAAUUAUCACUCCAUCAAUGGUUCAUUGGCUUAUUUAUAUUCCUCAAUUCCUUUAACUAAUACUAUGGGAACCAAAGAAAUUUCGUUACAAGAUGCAAUUGCAGGAUUCAGAAUUAUUGAACCAUACGCAACAAACACCAGUAAUCAUAAAUCACAGAAUAAAUAUGAUCGUAGUUCCUUAUUGUAUGGAAGAAUGUAUUUCCCUGGGUCGGCUUUAGAAGCAAUGAUAAUUAAACGAAUAACCAAUAAUACUCAACUAUUGAUCAAAACAAUAAGCAAUCCACAUCUUGAUAAGAAUGCAACUAUGAUAUUAUAUCUUCAAAAUAAUACAUCUAAAUAUCUGAGAGAGUUUAUUUAUUCAACCAAUGAAUCGUUACUUGGGUUUAGAUGUUUAUAUAACUUUGGAACUUCAUCCCCUCAACAACAGCAACAGCACCAGUCUCAACAACAACAACACCAUCCAGUAUUGAUGCCCAAAUUUGACAAUUCUGUAAUAUCGGUAGGUACUGAAAUAUGGUAUGCUUCAAGAACAAUGAGUCCCGGAUUGUCUACAGCAUUCAGAUAUUCCACUAGAUCCACAUCCACAGGCAAACCACUCACAAUGACACUUGCCAUUAAUCCUAUAAUUGGGCAUAUUUCUUCCACAUAUACAGUUAAAACAUCGGUUGCAUCUACAUUUUGUUCCCGAUAUGAUUUUAAUUGGUAUUCAUAUGCAAGUAAUUUAUCAUUAGGAUUUGAAUUAUAUAAUUAUGGUAAAAAGUAUAAUUUCCCAACUUUUGAAAAUCAUGAUAUAACAAUGUCAUCAAGAGAGAAUAAACUAAUACGAAAAUAUAACCAAAGCCACAAUAAACAGAUGCCUAUAAGUCCUUAUAGAAAUCAUAGUAUUAUAAAUCCAAUUGAGAGUCUGGAUAAUUCAUAUCGAAUAAAUCCAAAGUUGUUAAACACCAACAACAACAACAAUAAAACCAAAGCAAAUCAUACAAACGAGACAGUAACCACUGCGUUCCAACUCUUAGUCAAUGAGAGUGAUUUCUCGAGUGUUUUGAAACUAUCAACUAGUUUGAAUGAUAAAAUGAUUAAAUUACUUUGGGAAGGUAGAUGUAAGGAUUUUUUGGUUAGUACUGGGGUAAAAGUGGGAUUGAAUCCUGUGACUCAUAUUCCUGAGUUUAAUAAAUUAGGAAUAGCAUUUUCAUAUUCAUUUUAG